CCGCAGCAGCCCGAGUCCCGGGAAGCGCGGGGCGCAUAGGGAGCCAGAGCCUGGCGUCCGUCUGGUUGCUCUGGAGCUGAGUCGCGUGGCCGCCUGCCGGCUCGCCUCUUGCCAUGGGGAGCACUGAGAGCAGCGAGGCCCGCAGGGUGUCCUUCGGAAUGGACGAAGAGGAGCGGGUCCGGGUGCUGCAGGGCAUCCGGCUGUCUGAGAAUGUGGUUAACCGCAUGAAGGAUCCCAACCAGCCUUGCAAAGCUGGGGAGCCAGCUCCGCCUCCUGCCCCUCCGCCUUCUACGCCUUCUACGGGUGGCUCCUCCAAAGGCCCUGAGAAAGACUCCAAACCGCCCAGGUCUGAGUAUGGUGGUGGCCGUCAGCCCUCGGGGGUGGAGGAGGAUUUCCUCAAGAGGUAUAAACAGGAGCAGGCCAAGGUCCAGGACGAGUUGUUCCAGGUGGUGACGAGGGAACGAGAGGCAGCCACCAAGCACAGGAGUGCGUCCACGCAGCGGGGGGAGGGCAGCGUUGACCAGGACAAGCGGAAGUCAACCCAGUUGGCCAGGGAGCUGGAGAGCCGGGAGGCAGAGCUGAGCCGUCGUGACACCUUCUAUAAGGAGCAGCUGGGACGCCUCGAGAGGAAGAAUGCCGAGAUGUACAAACUGUCUUCACAGCAGUUCCAUGAGGCAGCUUCAAAAAUGGAGGGCACAAUAAAGCCCCGCCGGACGGAGCCUGUGUGCUCAGGGCUGCAGGCCCAGAUCCUCCGCUGCUACCGUGACCACCUACAAGAAGUACUCCUGUGCUCGGACCUGGUCAAGGCUUACCAGCACUGCGUGAGCGCUGCCCACAAGGGUUGAGGAGCAGGCCUCCAUCCUGGCCCUGGUGGUGACUUGGAGCUCUGAAGAAGGAACCAGUGAUGGGACCACAGUCCGCAGACCCCUGGGCCACAGCCAUUUUCUCCUGGGUGCCUAUGGAUGUCUCUGUGCUUGGGGCUGCUGUGUGUUUGGGAAGUAGAGGAUGUGCUACUGUCCGAAAACAAAUAAAGCAAAUGUCUUUGUUUUCAGUCA